CACAACGAGGUUUGAGAGGUCCUUCAGUAAGUUCUCUCUCAACUGUUUCAUUUUUUCUCAACUGUAUUUUGAAAUUCAAUCCUCUCACCCAACCCAAUUGCUAAAUCAUAAUCAUAAUCAACUACUUGUGAGAGAUUUUCUUACUCUAUUUACAACAACUUUUUGUAAAUGAGAUGAGAUAAUUGGUUUAUCAUUAAAAAAAGGACACUACCAAUGGCAACUGUGACUGCAUCUCGCUUUGUAUCAAGAAGCUCAAAUGUCAAUAGCGGAGGAGAAACUGUAACAAACUUGGGUCAGAUUGGCCUGAAGAGACAAACCAUGACUCACAAUGGAUUAAGAUCUUUGAACAAGUUGGACAUGCUACAAAUGAAAAAGAACGCAAAAGCAAUCGCCAAGCAUGCCAGUAAUAAAAAUGGUCCCAAAACUGAGAAUGAUAGACCAUCAAGCGCUGUUAUAUGCGGAAGUGGGAUGAACAUUGUUUUUGUGGGAGCUGAGGUGGGUCCAUGGAGCAAAACUGGAGGGCUUGGUGAUGUUCUUGGGGGACUGCCACCAGCCAUGGCGGCCAAUGGGAAUCGUGUUAUGACAGUUUCCCCACGUUACGACCAGUACAAAGAUGCAUGGGAUACUCAUGUUCUUCUUCAGAUAAAAAUUGGAGACCGAAUAGAGACAGUUCGCUUCUUCCACUGCUACAAACGUGGAGUUGAUCGUGUUUUUGUGGAUCACCCAAUGUUCCUGGAAAAGGUUUGGGGUAAAACUGGAUCUAAGAUCUAUGGGCCUAAGACGGGGGUGGAUUACCAGGACAACCAAAUUCGAUUCAGUAUAUUGUGCCAAGCUGCUUUGGAGGCACCAAGGAUUUUGAAUCUAAACAGCAAUAAAUAUUUCUCUGGACCUUAUGGGGACAAUGUUGUCUUCAUUGCCAAUGAUUGGCACACUGCUCUUCUUCCAUGUUAUCUGAAGACCAAGUACAAACCUAUGGGGAUCUACAAGAAUGCCAGAGUUGUUUUCUGCAUCCAUAACAUUGCCUACCAAGGGAGAUUUGCUUUUGCAGACUUCUCUCUACUUGAUCUUCCGGAACAAUUUAAGGGCUCUUUUGAUUUUAUUGAUGGGUAUGACAAGCCUGCCAAGGGAAGGAAAAUUAACUGGAUGAAGGGUGGAAUAUUAGAAUCAGACAGGGUCGUAACAGUGAGCCCAUACUAUGCCCAAGAACUUGUUUCUGGCAUAGAUAAGGGUGUGGAAUUGGAUAACAUCAUUCGUAAGACUGGUAUAACUGGUAUUGUCAAUGGCAUGGAUGUACAAGAGUGGAAUCCAUCUACAGAUAAAUACAUUGAUGUCAAAUAUAAUGUCACAACUGUCAUGGCUGCAAAGCGUCUUUUGAAGGAAGCACUUCAAGCAGAAGUUGGGUUGCCUGUGGACGCAAACAUCCCCUUGAUUGGAUUCAUUGGUAGACUAGAAGAGCAGAAAGGCUCGGAUAUCCUAGCGGCUGCCAUUCCUAAAUUCAUUAGAGAGAAUGUUCAGAUUGUAGUUCUUGGCACUGGCAAGAAAUACAUGGAGAAGCAGCUAGAAAAGCUUGAGAUAUUAUAUCCCGACAAGGCCAGAGGAGUGGCAAAAUUCAACGUACCCUUGGCCCACAUGAUUAUUGCUGGGUCUGAUUUUAUGUUGCUCCCUAGUAGAUUUGAACCUUGUGGUCUCAUUCAGUUGCAUGCCAUGCGAUAUGGAUCGGUUCCUAUUGUUGCCUCAACUGGCGGGCUAGUUGACACUGUCAAAGAAGGUUACACAGGGUUUCAGAUGGGAGCUUUCGACGUGGAUUGCGAUGCAGUUGAUCCAGCCGAUGUAGAUGCAGUAGCAACAACUGUGACGAGAGCCCUUGCAACCUACGGUACACCUGCAUUAAAAGAGAUGAUCCAAAAUUGCAUGGCACAAGAUCUCUCCUGGAAGGGACCGGCGAAGAAAUGGGAACAGUUGCUGCUGGGAUUGGAAGUAGCUGGGAGUGAACCUGGCAUUGAAGGGGAAGAGAUUGCUCCACUUGCCAAGGAAAAUGUUGCCACUCCUUGAGCACCCCAUUUGGUCUCAGCCUUCUAGUAAUGGUGGUGGCCAAAAAAAAAAAAAACAACAGCUCGCUGUUCGGAUUGCAUCCAGAGGCAGAAGUACUUUUUUUUUUUAUGGAUGGUCGUCGGUUGGUCUUAUGGGUUUGGUUGGACUCGUUCAAAUGCAUGUAACUAACAAAUGCUUCCUUUCUGUCUAAAGUAGUGUGUCCAUUUUGAUUACCAUUAGGCCAAGUAAAUAUAAUAAUCCAAUAAAGGCGGCUUUUUCUUCUCCA